UAUAUUUUGCAACACACAUUAUAAAUAAAAGCAUAAAGUGACUGCUGGUUGCCACUGAAGGUAGCAGAGAGGCAUCAAGGGAGGCGACUCAGUGAAAGUUCACCUGCAAGACUUCACUCCUCUUAAUAACUGUUAAGGGAAGUGCCUUCAUGCCAGAUCGUAGUAAUGCAAAAGUAGUAAUUGGUGUGAAGAUGCGUAUCUUACAACUUCGUCGUGGUCGACUCUUCAAGAUUGUCCUGGGAGUAACAAGCAUAAUUGGGUUGCUACUCUUCUUGGGAGCUAACACACCUCACGGAGCGUCCAUUAGGUCAGCUGGUGCACUCAUGAGCAAAACCAAGCAGAAGGUUGUAUAUCUAGAUAACAGAAUGGGUAAUUUUGAACCUGCAGAAAGUCCACCUAGGAGUGGCCCUGGAGAAGGUGGAAAGCCAUAUCAUCUACCUCCUAAUAAACAGAAUGAAGGGACACAGUCAGUCAGUGAAUAUGGCAUCAACAUGGUAGUGUCUGAUGAGAUAGCCAUGGACCGAUCCAUCCCAGACACAAGACAUCCGGAAUGCAGUCACUGGGAAUAUCCAGAUGAUCUACCAACAACAACUGUGGUGAUUGUGUUCCAUAAUGAGGGUUUCUCAACAUUGAUGCGGACAGUUCAUAGUGUCAUUGACCGCUCGCCGCCACAGUUCUUGAAAGAAGUUCUACUAGUAGAUGACUUCAGUAAUAAAGCAUCUCUGAAAGAGCCUUUGGAGGAUUAUAUAACAAGAUGGAAUGGCAAGGUGCGGUUAAUACGCAAUAAGGAACGUGCUGGACUUAUUAGAACUCGUACUACAGGAGCUGAAGAAGCCAGAGGAGAAGUAGUUCUCUUCCUGGAUGCCCACUGUGAAGUAAACAAGAACUGGCUUUCUCCUCUCUUAGCUCCCAUUUAUAGAGACAAGCAUACUAUGACAGUACCAGUCAUUGAUGGCAUAGAUCAUAACACAUUUGAGUAUCGGCCUGUGUAUGGCGCUGGCAGUAAUUUUCGAGGAAUUUUUGAAUGGGGAAUGUUAUACAAGGAGACAGAACUACCGAUGGAAAUGGAACGCAACCGUAUACAUAAAAGUGAACCAUACAAAUCUCCAACUCAUGCUGGAGGCUUAUUUGCUAUCAACCGAGAAUACUUCUUGAGUCUUGGCGCCUAUGACCCGGGGCUUUUGGUUUGGGGAGGAGAAAAUUUUGAAUUAUCUUUUAAGAUAUGGCAGUGUGGAGGUAGCAUUGAGUGGGUGCCUUGCUCCCGAGUUGGACACGUUUAUCGAGGUUUUAUGCCAUAUAACUUUGGAAAGCUGGCAGAAAAGAAGAAAGGUCCACUUAUUACUAUCAACUAUAAGAGAGUCAUUGAGACUUGGUUUGAUGACAAAUAUAAAGAGUAUUUUUAUACACGUGAACCUCUGGCAAGAUACCUUGACAUGGGUGACAUCACUGAACAAGUGAAGCUCAAGAAAAGGUUGGAGUGCAAAAACUUUGAGUGGUUUAUGAAAAAUGUGGCUUAUGAUAUGCUUCGUAAAUAUCCAGAGCUUCCUCCUAAUAUCCACUGGGGAGAGCUGCGUAAUGCUGCCAGCUCCCAGUGUCUGGAUACUAUGGGCCAUGCUGCCCCAAGUCUCAUGGGAGUCUCACAUUGUCAUGGUUUUGGCAAUAAUCAAGUGUGGGUUGAACGUUGUAUUGAUGCUGAUGGCCAGGGCAUAAAGCUGAUUUUUUGUCGCUUGGGUACAGUUGAUGGUCCCUGGCAGUAUGAUGAGGCAAAAUCACGUGAUGCUCCCACCAGCGCUAUGGGAAAAUGUGCAGCGUUACACCCACCAGAACAACAACUGACGUUACUUCAUGUGCUGGCUGAUAAAGCCUACAGAAAUGGAAAUUCAAUCAGAUAA